AACCAUGUUCUUAUUUGAGUUGCCUUUUUUUCCUCGUAAGUCCAUCAGUCAUGAGCCGCGAAAAAAAAAAAUUCAAACUGGAUUCCGUCCAUUCUCAGAACAUGCCGCCCAGCCUGUUAUUGAGAAAAUAUUAUCAAGCAAUAUGAAUGCUGAUUUUCAUUUCAUAGAGGUUGAUGUUGGAGACAAAGCUACUUGGCGCGACGGUAACAACCCGUUCCGCAAAGACGAGCGCAUCGCCCUGACGUGCGUGCCCACGCUGCUGCACUGGGGCAGGCCCCAGCGGCUGGGCGACAAGGACUCGUCCGACCCCGCCAAGGUGGAGGCCGUGCUCUCGUGCAGCUGAGUGCCGGUCGACGUGUUCGUCCAGGGGCUGAUCGAUGAGUGCCUGGUCCUGGCGUUCCACUGCCUCCCGGAGGGCAUGCUGUAGAUGUCCCCGUGGGCGUCGCAAGGAUAUAUAUAUAUAUAUUUUUUUUUUUGGGGAGGGGGGGGGGGGACUGUAAUUGAUAUAGUUGAGGAAUAACCAUCCCCUGGGAACAAAAGCGGGGGGGGUCCAGGGGUCCUCCCCCGGGAAAAUUUGGGGUUUGAAGGUGCAAAAAGGUGGUUUUUUUAGACAUUUUUCAUUCCUGAAUAUUCUAAUUAUAGUUGGUUGCAAUAUAUAAUUUGUUUUUUAUAAAAAAAUAUUUUCAGAGAACAAAUUUGUAAAAACACAGUUGUCACAUUACCAUGAUUGGACUAAAUGCACCAUGCGCAACAUAUGGGUUAUAUCACAGAAAUCAUAUUUGCGACGCCCAUGGAUAUCCCUCUCUCGCUCGUUUGUCGAUCCCUUCCCCCACCAAUCCCUUUGCUUUCCUGUUCAUGUCUAACAAGGACAUCACAGAUGUAUGCAUUGCAACACAUGACUUUUAUUAUAGCUUGAGCUUUAGCAAAGACAUGUGUUGGUUAUGUUAUGAUUUAUGUACGCAUGGUUAAUUUAGGUCUCAGCAUUCCAAACUGAAGGUACCAAGUAAUUCCACCAGGUGUUCGACUCAGUGCGUGGUAAUCCAACGUGCCAGGACUUUCGUCAAUGUCGGAUCCGUCUUGUGUUCUUUCAAAUUUGUGGCUCGCACGAGAAUUUGUUGGUGGGGGGGGUUUUUCCGUGUUAUAAUUUACAGUCUUUAUUAAACGAUGUCAAAUGUGGGCAUUUACUGUUCUAUAUCGUGGAUAAAAAUUUAUAUGAUGGGUUUUUUUUACAGAGCCGAAAGAAAAUAUAUAUAUAAUGUUAAAUAAAAUUGCACUAUGUUUGAGGUACUAGAGUUUUAUUUAUAGCCUAAUAUUUAGGUUGCACAUGUUAAAACACUAGAGGUUUGUUUUACUCUCUCUUUUUGACCUUUUAACUCUCAGGGCGCCCUUGCACGUUUUACUUGCUCUUUAACAGUCUGGCGGAUGGCAGUUUUUACUUGAGGGGGCAAGACACUCCCAGUUCACUCAAGGUCACACUACUGCUCCUGAGGAAGAGUCGUCUGCUGGUGUUUCAGCACCAUCAUCUACUUCUACGUUGUUUGUAAUGUUCAGUGUUUUUUUUUUAUUUUUAGAACAAUAACUUAUUUGUCACUACAAAUUACGGUAAUUGUAUAUUUAUAUCUCAUGAUAUAAGAAUAAAUACUUUAUUCAAAUUGUUAACACACAUACAACAUUUUGUAAAUUCUCAUUUGUGGCACAAUAUUAGGUAUUGCCUAAGCAGUUUCACCUUCAAACAAAUCUUAAUUCACAAUUGUAUUUUAAAACGUCUGUUUUGGAGCCAUGUAAAAAAAAAAAAAAAUUAACCCCAAUUUGUUUUGUUCCUCUAUAUGAGUUACCAACUCUUUUUGACCUAGGUUCAUUUGCGCCUACUGUUGCAACUCCUAGAUAGCAAAAGAUGAGUAAAACAGACCUUGAGUACCCGAGGUGCAUAAACAUUGUGGAAAAGCAAUUUGCAUUAAAAUGGGUGUUAUGUAGAUGCUUACUGUAAGAUCCUGUAUAUGUAACACAUAAAUAAUUAAUUAAAAUAUUUUUAUGAUUUAGUAGUUGUCACAUCACUAUUUGGCAAAAAAUAAAAAAAAUUGUGAACAAUUUUUUUUUGUAGUUAUGUCAAUGAUUUUAUAUAAUAAACGCUGCACAUUGUACUGGCCUAAGUAAAAUAAAUAAAUACUUAAUGUUUUUAAUGUUGUAGUAGUUUAAUGUGUGUUUAAUUGUAUCAGCAUUGAAGGGAUUUUGGAGCAGACUUUUGCCCACCGUGCAACGAUAUGCCAAGCUUGUAUGUAUUUUGCUCCACAUGUUUUCCAGUCAAGUGCCUGAGGGACAAAUUAGAGGAAUUUGGGGAUGGCUUAAAAAUUUAAUGCCACUUGCAUUUUUGUGUGAUGGUGAAUUAGGGUAAAGUAUUGAUAUGACAACUGCAUAAAUUAAAUCAGAAAUGGGACAAGCCCUUAAAACAUAUUGCUGCAAAAUGUAUCUUUUUAACCUUUUACAAAAUUCCUGUGGUACUCGCCUAAAUACAUUAACUUUUGAACAUAACAAUCAACACACAAAAUUUAUUUCACUAAUCUUUAGUUGUUUUUUUUUAAUGUCACAGUAUUCAGCUUUGUUGCAGCUGUUUUUUUUUGUAUGUUAAACAUUAUAGUGCUGUAACUUGAUAGAAUAAUUUCAACAGGAGCAUACAGAAAAUUUUUUCUUGUGGAGAAACCUCUUGUCUGCUGUUUGCCUUCAAAUUAUUUCCUUUUUUGGGAAUGUUUUGAUUUUUCUUUUCUUUCUUUUUAAGGAUUUCGGGGGGAUAUUUUAGUCCCCCACCCCCUCGAAUUUCAAGUUUCCAAUUACGUGCUACCAUAAUAAUUUUCACAAUGUUGAUCUACAAACCUUUUAAAAAAAGUUCCAAUGUUUGUAUAAAAAUUUUAUUUUUACAUACAAAAUUUAAAAUGUGCACAAAAUAUUGGGUACGUAAUGUAAUACUUUGUUUGAAGGAUUCAAAUGAAAUGAUUUAUUACAAUUAUAGACACAAAACAUUAAAAAUUUUGCAGAAACUGUUGUAUACAUAAGCAAAUAAAUACAGCUUUGCUUAUCUCCUUAUCACAGGUUAAAUAUUUCAAUUUUUUUUUGUUUCCAUGUUUUGUUUAGAGAUUUGUUUGUGUACAAAAAAUUAUAUUUAUGAUAUAAAUACUAAUAAAAUAAGAAAACAU